AUGAGGAGUCUGUUGGUUUUGCUCUUCUUGGCUGUGGCCAACGCCAAAAUCUUCGAGCGCUGUGAAUGGGCCCGCACGCUCAAGGCUAACGGCAUGGACGGCUACUAUGGAAUCAGCCUCGCCGACUGGGUUUGCCUCACCCGAUGGGAGUCAAACUAUAACACCAUGGCCAAAAACACCAACAAUGACGGAUCCACCGACUUUGGCAUCUUUCAAAUUAACAGCUACUGGUGGUGCAAUGACUACAUCAUCAACUCGCAUAACGGAUGCAACAUGGACUGCAGUGCGUUUUUGAGCGAUAAUAUCAGUGCAGCAAUCACCUGUGCCAAACGUGUCGUUAGGGAUCCUCAAGGCAUCAGUGCCUGGUAUGGCUGGCAAUAUAACUGUGAGGGUCGUGACCUCAGCUCCUAUGUGAGUGGAUGUGGUGUUUAAAUCAGCCCACAGGAAC